AUGCCCCCAGAUAUGCAGCGUCUUAGCAGCCAUGACAACGACCGCUGGGAUGUAGAGGUGCGUCUCGAUCGAGGCAUGGUAGAGAUCAAGUCCAUCCGCAGCGAAAAUGUCAUCGCCGUGCCGCGGAAUCAGGCUGCUGAGUGGCAGUUGGAGGAAGCCAGGUUUGGCGAGGAGCGCAAGCGGCGCGAGAAGGAAGACAAGCGCUGGAAGGAGGAGGAGGAGAAGUCCAAGCGCUUCAGCUCUGUGAGGACCGGGGUCUGCGAGAGGACGAUGAACGCCCAAGGCUUUCCCAUCAUGGACCCCACGGAAAAGCUGGAGGCAGAGAUGAGCUGCCUGCCAUUGGACCAUGAAGCCUUGUCUUUGCUCCGCAGACUCCGGCCGACGGAGGCCCUGCAUGUUCUUCAGCAGGUGAGCAUCCAGGGCAUCAACAACAACAUGUCCAGCUACAUCAAGAUCAAGGUUCGAUCCAAGUUGGGCGAUCCGGACAACACGGAUGAGGACCCAAAGAUGCCACAGCCCGUCCCGGCCAAGCCCGCGCCAGCACCGGCCAAGACACCGGCGACCCAGGCAGAGAAGAAGGAGGACUCGCAGGCGCCGCCCUCGGACAAGGCUCUGGAGAAGACGCCCAUGGACGAGGAGCCGAGCGAGGACGACUCGGAGGAUGAGGAUUUCGAUCUGCUUCCCGAAGAGAAGGACCCGACGCUCGACGCAGGAUACGUCGAGGCGGAGCCUACGGAGAAGCAGCUCGAGGCCCUGGCAAAGUGGAGGGAAGAAGCGUACACAGAGGUGGUGGACGGUGGCGGGGGCUCGGCUCUCAUCCUCGCGAAGCGAGGCGAGCUGCUUCUCAAGGAGAGGCGCCCCCUCGCGGCCAUCAAGGACUGUGGGGCUGCCUUGGCGCUCAACUCCGACCUGGGGAAGGCGUACCGCGUGCGCGGAAUUGCCCUUCGCAAACUGGGCCGGUAUCGCGAGGCCAAAGCCGACCUGGAUCAGGCGCAGAAGCUGGACUUUGACGAAGGCGUGAGCAUUAUUGAAAAGUUCGUCACAGAGAAGGUGCGCCUUGAAGAGAAGCGAGGCGCCAGGAAAAGGCGGCGGUUGCAGUGA